AUGGAUUACUUGAAUGAAUACGCUUAUGAUGCUCAGGUUGCUGGUCUGUAUUAUGCCAUUUCUCACACAAAUAAUGGUUUUCAGGUGACUUUGACUGGAUAUAGUCACAAGUUGGAGAUCUUACUCGACACUGUAAUAGCGAAAAUUACAACUUUUGAAGUAAAAGCGGACAGGUUCUAUGUGAUCAAGGAACUGGUGAUAAAAGAAUAUGAAAAUUACAAGUUUCAACAGCCAUAUCAGCAGGCCAUGUAUCACUGCUCAUUACUUGUAAAAGCUGGAUCAUGGCCUUGGACUGAUGCGCUUGAAGUUCUUUCUGUUCUUGAACCUGAACAUCUUUCAAGAUUUUAUCCUCAAAUUUUGUCAAGAAUCUUCAUAGAGUACUAUGCAGCAGGGAAUAUUGAAUCAAAUGAAGCCGAAUUCAUGAUUCAACAUGUUGAAGAUGUAGUUUUUAUGGGGACAAAACCUUUGUCUCAAGCUCUAUUCCCAUCACAGCAUCUGACAAAUAGGGUGGUCAACUUAGAAAAGGAUGUUACAUAUUGCUAUACUAAAGAGGGUAUGAAUCCAAGUGAUGAAAAUUCAGCUCUUCUUCACUACAUUCAGGAUGAUUUUAAGUUGAAUAUCAAACUUCAGCUGGUUGCUCUUAUUGCUAAACAACCAGCCUUUCACCAACUUAGAUCAGUUGAGCAACUUGGUUACAUCAUUGUGCUUAUGCAGAGGAACGAUUCUGGCAUCCGUGGAGUGCAGUUCAUCAUACAAUCUACAGUAAAGAGCAAUGUUAAUGCACUGAUUGAGAUGAAGCUUGAGAAGCACGGGAACUUAAGAAAAGAAUCUGUAUACUUUUGGCGAGAAAUCCAAGAUGGUACCCUCAAAUUUGAUAGGAAAGAUCACGAGGUGGUUGCAUUGAAGCAGUUGAGCAAGGCAGAAAUGAUCCAAUUUUUUUAUGAACAUAUAAAAGCGGGCGAGGGCAAAAUUGUAAAUAUUGAAGAUGCUUUCAGUUUCAGGAGAUCAAGGCCUCUAUAUGGGUCCUUCAAAGGAGUGAGGGAUAUUUUGGGUGGAAUUUCACUGGUGGAUCUAUUUGUUAUCUUGCUGCUGAGGGUGUCAUUUUUUCCUUAUAACACUUGGGCUUGA